GUGACAGGGACUACGAUUUCUUAUCAUCCAUAGAAGUCCUGAUUAUGGACCAGUCUGAUGUAUUUCUCAUGCAAAAUUGGGAUCAUGUAUUGCAUAUUAUGUCCCAUAUCCAUCUACAACCUCAGGAUCCACAUGGUGUGGACUUUUCUAGAGUCCGUAUGUGGACGCUAAAUGGAUGGUCCAGGUUCUAUCGCCAGACCCUUGUGUUCAGCUCCACUUCAACCCCAGAACUCAAUUCAUUAGUCAACAAGUACUGUCACAACUAUGCCGGUCAGUUAAUGGUCAGUCCAAGCAUUGGAAGGGGAGUGAUAUGCCAAAUCAUAACCCAGUUACCACAGGUAUUUCACAGGAUAGAGUGUGAUAGUCAUAGUCAGUUAGCAGACGCAAGGUUCAAUUUUUUCAUCAAAAAGGUCCUGCCCCAUCACCAAGACCCAGUGAUGUCUCAAACCUUAAUCUUCUUACCAAGCUACUUUGAUUAUGUCAGAUUAAGGAACCAUUUCAAGAAGGAAGAAGUAGAUAGCAUGUGCCUGUGCGAAUACAGUAGUGAUAGCGUUAUAUCGAGAGCCAGAAGUCUGUUUUACCAUGCCAGAAUUCAUUUUCUGCUGUACACGGAGAGGCUUCAUUUUUACAGAAGGUUUAUCAUCCGAGGAAUCCGCCACGUAAUUUUCUACGCACUGCCACAGUACUCCCAUUUUUACAGUGAACUAUGUAACAUGCUGCAGGAUCCUAAGCAAACCCAGAGGACAGAGGACGUGACCUGUACAGUUCUGUAUUCUAAAUAUGAAGCCCAUCGAUUGGCCGCAGUAGUGGGCAAGGAAAGAACGGGACACAUGCUGAGAACUGAUAAACCUGUGCACAUGUUUGUCACUGGGGAGACAACUUGAGAAGCUCGGGGUGUGGAUUUGGGCUAAAUUAACAAUCAAGGGCCCAUUCCCCAUGAAACUAUUGUCCUAUGUAGAUUGAUCCAUCUCCGUGGGGACUCUUGCUGAAUGAAAUCAAAGUAACAGAUAAACACGAAUUGGACUAGAAUUAUAUAUUCUGACAGUAAAAUCCCAUAAUGUGAAACUUGUAAAGAAAUACUGAUAUAAUGAUACAAUAAAUUGUUCAUUUGUA